AUGCGUCUUCCUCUACAGUUCCGCCUUAAAACCAAACACAGCAGGGAGCUGACGUCAAACGAUAAAAUCAGAAAAUUUCCUUCGACCAAAAAACAAGUUAACAGAGCAAGGUUUAAACGCUCAAUUUCACAAAACGCAGACGAUCGCUCCUUAAGUCGGCUCACAGACGACUUAGAGCAACUAACAGAGCUAUUGAAAUCAAGGGAAGAAAAGCCUCAACAUGUUACCGUCAUUGAUAACAGUGAGAAAAGAGCCAACACUGCAGAGGGUAAUAUUCUUGCUUUUGACCUCGUAUUUGUGGUGGAUGGGUCCAAGGAUAUAGAUGAUCAAGGAACCGGAAAUUUUAGGAAAUGCCUUGAGUUUACGAAGGAAAUUCUCCGUUCAUUUCCAGUUUCAAAACAGGGUGUACAUACUGGAAUAAUAACGUACGGCAGAAAAGCGCUCGUGGAUAUUAAUCUCGACACAUCUUUGGAUCAAACGGGUAUAGAAAGCGCUAUUGAUGCGAUUCCAUAUUCUGGUGAUGAGUCAUAUACUGGUAAUGCACUUGAUACAGCCAUGGGGAAACUCUUCCCACACAGUGGCCGCGAAAAAGUGGCACACAUCUUAGUGGUAGUUAAAGGAAGCAUCUCACAGGAUGAAGUGCAGUCGUCUGCGCAAGAACUGAGGGACUCUGGUGUACGGAUCUUUUGCAUCGGCGUUGGAAAAAGGUUUGACCAAUCGCAGCUGGACUUAAUUGCUAGUUCACCAUCUGGUACUUAUGUGAUAACAACUGAAUUUAACACCCUGCGAAAUGUGGUGCCGACUCUUUCAUCGCGAAUUUUGUCAGUUCUCAGCGAACCGACUGGAAAACAGACUCCAGCAACCACUGGGAGCCUAUGGACAGAUGGAGGAAUUGUUGAGGCCAAGAUCGACUUAGCCUUUUUAAUUGAUGGUUCAGACACUGUUGGGGAAAGAAACUUUCGCAUUUCACUUGACUUUGCGAAAACCAUUGGCGACUCGUUUUGGACUCAAUUUGGCAGCCUUCAUCUUGGGCUCGUGGUGUUUGGAGCGGAUGCGAGUGUCAUUUUCGAUUUUGAUAACAGUUAUAAGGACAUUACAGAUAUAAACAAUGCCAUAAGUAAUGCAGCAUUUCCAGGUGGAGGAAAAGUUAUGGUUGGAGAUGCUCUAAAAUGGACUGAAACACAUUUGUUUGGUAGCAAACACCAGGAUUCCUAUAAAAGGAUUCUCGUCGUAAUAAUUGGAAGUAGCUCUGGGGACGACGUAUUCCUUGGAGCAGAAAUGCUUAAAGAAAACUCAGUAACUACAUUUUGUAUUGGUGUAGGCAGCAAUUUUGAGAAGACGCAAAUAGAUGGAAUAGCGUCUUCACCAAGCUCUGAUAACGUUUUGACAGUUUCCACCUACCCAGGUCUUGCAUUUUUAAAACAACCUCUUAUUCACAAAAUCGAGCAAGCACGCACGACAUACAUUCCACCGAAAGAUCCCAAUGGGAGAUUUCAACGUUAUAUACCUGGACAGGCAGGGGCAGAAGCAGUUUUGCUUCAAGGGAGGGUGCCGCCAGGAGGAGUUACUGGGUUUCCGCUAGCAGCAGGAGUGCCACAAGCAGGAGUACCACCAGGAACGAUAUCACCAGUUGGUGUACCACAAACUGGAGUACCGCCACCCGGGAUACAGCCAGCAGCUGUUACCCCACCCAGUAUUCCACCAGUAGGAUCCCCCCCAGGGAGACUACCUCCAGUUGGACCAUCAUUAGUUUUACCUACUGCUCCAGUGGCCUUGCCAGGGGGACAAGAACCCGGAAAUGAGGCUCUGAGUAAAAGGCCCCUUCACCCGAAUCCAGCAGUUCCUUCUCUUGUACCCGUCGAAGUUUUAGCCGAGGCAUAUUUGGUAAUGAUAUGUGUCAUACCAAUCGUGCGUGAGCAAAAUUAUGUUAUGGAUUGUAAAAUCAAUUAUUCCUGGAUGGACUAUCACAUAAGCAUUUUUCGUUUUUUCAGAUGCAAUUAUCAUGCUUUUGUUAAUAUAAUUUCAGAUGAGAAGCUGGACCUUGUGUUCUUGCUUGAUGGAUCGACCUCUAUCACAAAUGCCGGUUUUCAGGAUGCUAAGCUGUUCAUCAAAAAACUGUACAGCAAUUUUCCUAUUGGGGAAUAUUCAACUCAUGUUGGUCUUGUUGUCUUUGGUGAAGAAUCGAAAACAAUUUUCGACUUAAUCGAAUACACCGACAAACAAACGCUUGAUAUGAAGCUUCCUUCACUUCUGAAAUAUGAUUCUUCCGGGAACUUUCUGGGUAGGGGACUGCAAACUGUUAAGAAAAAUGUUUAUGACGUUAGUGCACGACCGGGAGGACAUCAAGUACUUGUGAUCAUCGCGGCAGGAAGCUCACAGGAUGAUGUGAAAGCACCUUCGCGCGACUUGAGAGACGAGGGUGUCAGGAUUUUCUGCGUAGGAAUUGGUAAUAACGUAGAUGUUAAUCAACUUCAAAAUGUUGUAACAGCUCCUGAAAGGGAACAUUUAGCUACGGUGAGUUCAGAUAAGCUGGAUACACUGCUGGGACCUGUGGUGCAGAAUAUCAGAAAAGAUAUCACAGAAACUGUGGUUCCAUUAAGACUUGCUGAUUUUGAUCGUGAAGUAGAAGAUGAAAGAGGAAAAAUUAUAAAUGAUGAGGGAAAGAGUCAAGGCCAGAUUUCGGCAGUAAAUUACGUCAAAAUGGAUCUGGGUUUCUUGUUGGAUGUCAAUUCCAACAACUUCAGGCGUGAUGAAUUUAGUAACGUUUUAAACUCGAUAAAAUCAACAUAUGCGCCGUUUGUUAUUGGUGACGAAAAGACACGGAUCGGUGUUCUGGCGUACGACGAGCACAUUCACACAAUGAUUGCCAUGGGUCAGUAUUCUUCACAACAGUCACUCGACAUUGCGCUGGAUGAGGUAGUAACGUCCACAACAUCAGGAGACAAUCUCCUCGGACGAGGUCUAGCUGCUGUAAAAAGUCAGCUGUUUUAUGGUAAACCUCGUCCGGAAGUUCCCAAAAUACUUGUGGUCAUUUCGGGAGGAAAGUCUAAAGAUGACGUAUUGAGCCCAUCAAAAGAGCUGAAAGGACUUAAUGUAACGAUAUUUUGUAUCGGAGUUGGACAGAAUGUAGACAGAAGCGAACUUGAAGCCAUAGCAACUCUACCAGCAGUGAGUCACGUAGUAAUGGCAACUAUAUCACACCGAGAAACUGCUGGAGGAAAUCUAGCGUCGAGGAUUGAAAAAGCUAUCCAGGUUGAUCUGGGAUUCCUUGUUGAAGGAUCAUCAAAUGUAAUGGAAACUGAAUUCUUUCAAUGCAUGGAAAUGGUGAAGUAUAUCUACAGUGCCUUUCCCGUUUCACAAGAAAAUGUUCAUGUUGGUCUUGGUGUCAUUUCGAGUAAUCCAGAGAUAAUAUUCGGCUUUGACAAGUAUUUUGAUAAGAUUAGCCUCAACUCCGCCAUAGACAGUGUCAAGUAUUCUGGAGCUCAGCAGGUGGCGAACGUUGGACUCAGUCUUAUCACGGCUAGGGAUACAUUUUACAGUAAGAGUACCAGGAAAGGAGUUAGACGAGUUCUUGUUUUAAUGAUUAAAAGUAAAUCCAAUGACGAGAUCUCCGACCCUGCACGAAAGCUGCGGGACGAUGGAGUAGAGAUAUAUGGCUUUGACUUUGGAGACAGAGUAGAAGUACAAGAAAUUGCAGAAAUAGCGACAACGCCAACGAAUAAACACGUAGUGAUAAACGGUAUUGGUACUUUUUUAGCUGGUGCACAGAAUCUUAUUGGGAAGCUGGGUAUUGCGAAAGUGGAAUCAGCGCAAAGGCAAACUCCCACACUGCGGAUGACCCCACAUGGAAAAGGAAAUGCUAUUGAUCUGGUCAUUCUGAUUGAUGGAAGUGCCAACACUAAACUUGAGGAUUUCAACCAAAUAAAAGAAAUUACUAAAGCUAUCUAUUACAAAUUCGGCGUGUCUCUUAAUGGAACUCAUGUUGCAGUGGUCGUAUAUUCUGAAGUGACACAGAUCGUUUUCAAUUUGAAGAAGCAUUACGAUCCCCAAGGUAUGGACAACGAUAUAAACACUGCUCCUUACCUCUCUGGACUAGGUAUGAUGGGGAGUGCUCUAAGAGACGUGAAAACGCACAUAUUUGAUGUUUAUUCUCGACCAAAUGUUCCUAAAGUGUUGAUCUCUGUAUUGACGGGAGCGCCUGCAGACGAAAUUGAAAGAUACAUCAAUGAGUUGAAAAUGUCUUGCGUCUUGUUAUUUGCUUUGGGACUCACUUCCAAUUACAGUCCCCAGAUUUUGGAUCUUGCAUCCAGUGAGCCUCAUUUUGAAUAUGUACUGACCAGCGAAACUUUUCCAGAAGCUAAUUCAGUGGCACAGAAAAUGGCUGCCAAAAUAAAGAAGGUUGUCUCGAUACAAAAGUCCCGCUCUGAACUUUGUGUGCAGCCGGGAGAUUCAAGACUGGAUUUUGUGCUCUUAAUAGGCAACUGUGGGAAUAACUCCAAAGAGUAUUUUCCUCGACAUUUGGAUUUCGCGAGAAAUUUAAUGCACUCUUUGACAGUGAAUCCUCGAAGCGUGCGCACCGCUCUCAUAUCAGUUUCUAAUGGGGCUGAAAUAGUUCAAGGUUUGAAAGCACAACCAUACAACCCCGUCGCAGUGUCUUCAGCUUCUCACUUGUCUGGCGGACUCUGUACUUUUGGGCAAGGAAUGGAAAUAGCGCUUGCUUUGUUUAGGAACAGCGGAAUAAGGGGUAUUCCCCAGGUACUGAUCACUUUGUUGGAUGGGAAAUCUGAUGAUGAUGUUUCGAAGCCUGCAAUUGAGAUUAGCAAAGCAGGUGUCCUAAUGUAUGCAGUUGGGUCCAAGAACAAAGUCAGUGAAUUCGUUGCCUCCAACAUUACCAGUGACCCCACUAAAGAAUUUUUUAUACCAGAUCCAGGCAUUCUACCUAUUGAAACCAUGAAGCAGGCAGUUGUGGACAAACUAGAAAGAGAUAUUGAAAUUGGAAAAAGACUUGUUUGUCCUGUGAGAGAAUGUAGUAAUAAUGAGACGAAGCCUUCAUCAGAGUUAAAGCCACAACCUCAAUCACAAAACGCAACAAAAUCUCGUCAACCCCUUGCAGCUAAGAUAGGACCAGUUGAUUUGGUUUUCUUAGUCGAAGGCAGUGAUAUUGUUAAUGAGACAUUGUUCAGGGUAAUGCUCGACAUUGUAAAAGACGUCUAUAGUCGCUUUCCAGUCUCCUUGAAUGAAACACACGUGGCCGUAGUCGUUUACGGCUCCAACACCCAAAUAGUGUUCAAUCUCAAAAACUACUUCAAUGCUAGCGAAAUGAACAAAGUUUUAGUGUCAAUUCCAAAGCCCUAUGGCGCUGCUUUUUCGGGAAAAGCUCUGAAGGCUGUGAGAACGAAGGUUUUUGAUGGAGCUGGAAGAACGAAUGAAUCUGGUGUAUCGCGUGUUCUCCUACACAUUACGUGUGGUAAGUCAGCUGAUGACGUAGUUGGGCCAGCUAAAGUUCUUAAAGAAGCAAAGGUCAAAAUAGUUGCAGCCGGCGCAUGUCCUGAGGCUAAUAAAAUGGAGCUUUGCAACAUUGGAAGUCCUCCGGUAUGUAAUAACUCUGUGCUUAUCAAUACACUCAAGCCACCGAAUAUUCCUGGGAAAGAGCUGGCCAAUAAACUGAAGCAAGAUAUUCCUAUUCAAAAUACCACGGAAAAAAAGCCAGGUCAAAAUGUUUCUGAACCUUCAACUGGUACUCUUGUGCCAAACAUGUUUUGGAAUAAUGGACCAAGUGAAGCCGUUCUUCCAUUGGUUCCUUCUCUCGUCCCAGUUCAUCCUCAAGCGCUUAGUCCAGCCCCUAACAUUUGGAACUAUGAA